AAACAGCUGGCACUACUUUUAUUUCUGGCUUUUGCACUGGUAAAUGGCAAUGCGACUACGGAAGACCAGGCGAACCCGGAGAAUAUCAUAUCCAAUGGGUAUUCAGCCUACGAAGGCAAGGCUCCUUACAUGGUCAGCCUGGUUUUAGGAUCGGUCGCAAGCAGCGCCACCUCAUUGUGCGGAGGUGCUAUCAUUGCAAAUAAUUGGGUAUUGACAGCUGCACAAUGCCUGACCCGAGAUUAUGUGGAAAUUCACUAUGGUUCCUAUACGAGGAGAGGCCAGUUCGCUCAUCGAGUAGGAAAAGGAGAUUUCCAUGUGCAAGAUAAAUGGCCGAAAGAGAAGGGCUACGACAUCGGCCUGAUACGCACACCAUAUGUGGAGUUUACGUUCUGGAUCAACAAGGUUAAUUUACCCAGUUCGAAUGCCGAUAUCUUUGACAACAAGUGGGCAGUUGCAUGCGGCUGGGGUGAACAGGCCAAUGGCCAAGUUGCCAACUGGCUGCAAUGCGUCGAUCUUGAGAUCAUGGGCUCAUCGACGUGCUCUAGAUAUUAUGGCUCUGUGAAUGAAAGCGUACUGUGUGCAAGGACACCUGAAGGCAAGUCUACCUGUGGCGGCGACAUAGGCGGCCCGUUGGUAACAUACGACAAUCACACUGUAGCUGGUGUGACUUCUUUCUUCUCGGCGGGAGGUUGUAGAGUCGGUCACCCAGCCGGUUUCACUAGUGUUGCCGCCCACUUGGAUUGGAUAAGUACCACAAUUGGACUACCAUCGGCCAAUAUUUACGAAACAUACCCAUAUGGUCAAUAUCAAUAUAUAUAAUCAAAAUAAACUAAUCUGAAGCAAU